UUUUUUUCCACGUAGCAAUUUUUUCUUGGUAGCGUCUGAAGCUCUGCUGGAUGAAGUGCCUAAUUAUUUUGUAAACGCUGUACUCUCAGGGUUUUCCCAAUUGAAAAACAGAAAAAAUGUUUGAUAUUAAGGCUUGGGCUGAAUACAUCGUGGAGUGGGCUGCAAAGGACCCAUACGGCUUUCUUACUACAGUGAUCUUGGCCCUUACACCACUGUUCAUCAUUAGUGCAGCGCUUUCGUGGAAGCUUGCAAAAAUGAUUGAGGCCAGGGAGCGAGAGCAAAAGAAGAAACAGAAACGCCAAGAGAAUAUUGCAAAAGCCAAACGAACAAAGAAGGAUUAAAUGGGGGGGAAAAAAAAGGCCUUCUUGUGCAAAGAAUCCACUUUUUUAAGGAAACGCUUGUAUAUUUUGUGUUGUAACUGUCCUUUGAUACUUGAU